AUGUAUGAUAAUUCUCGCGUGUCUUCGUAUACGAAUGUGGCACCUCGUCCAUGUCGUAUACAAUACAGUCGUUGGUCAUUAGACACACCAGCAACGGAAACAUCUAUUGACCAGUCGUUGUCACACCCAUCGGCAACACUUUCUUCUUCUCUCUAUUAUCCUCACACACGACCGAACAAUCAAGUACUCACACCACACUAUGUCAAUUAUUAUCCAUCAUCAUCAUCGUCAUUAUCAUCUUAUUCACCCAUUCAACAAUGUCCUAGAAGUACUAUAGUAAAUGAUUUCAUAUCAACUGAUCAAGAACAAUUUCAUAUGAAUGAUUUCCGUCAACGUUAUGAUUCGAAACCUGUUAUAGGUAUUGUUAAACCAAUGAUUCAUCAGCGAUCCUAUACCCAAUUGAAUAACAGUUAUAACAAUGAACAGAAAAUUCCUAAGAAAAAAAUUAAUUCCUAUCAUUAUAAUUCAACACAUUCACUACAACCUCGAUCUGCUUCACCACCAUUACCCCCGCCACCGCAAGCUGCACCCGUCGUCUAUCGAUCUCGUCUUAAUCCAACGAAUAGCGGUGUCGAUGCGCAACCACCACUGGCACCGCGACGACACUCGUCUAUUAGUACUAGCAAGUAUUUGUCGUCGUAUCGUUCGUCACGAACAGCGUCGACAACAUCGUCAUUAAUUAAUGCCGUGAACGAACUGCCAUCAACGAAUGUGCCCCGCGAAAACGAGCCACAACAGGCAACUCACGAAAAGAUCGAUGUUAAACGUCUUGAGAUGUUUUAUGGAAGCGUGGGAACAUUGGUUAAAUCGGCUUGUUCCAUCGCUCAUCUUUAUGCCACAACAACACGACAACUGGCUAAUUUCGAAGAUUGGUCAUGUCAACAACGCGGCGUACCAGUAUGGAUAUACAAUACUGGAGCGAAUUUAAAACGAUCUCGUCAAGUGAGAUUAUUGCUUGCACAGCAUGACAGUUGCUUUGCCAUAUGGUCCGAUCUGGUAUCAGAUAAAGCGGAAUUACGUUUGCCAAAGGAGAAUUAUAUAACGUGUUGGUUGCCGGAAUCCAAUUUACUUAUCGUGUUCAAAUUUGAACGUAAUGAUGCUUGUCGAUUAUUCUUUCAACAGUAUUAUGAAAUCUUAGAAUACGAUCGUCGUAUAAAUUCAAUUGAUUUACUCUUAACACCUUCGGAAAAGCUAGUUGAACAACAACAAACCAAAAACAAAAAUGUUCCGCGUCGUUAUUCACGUUUGAAAACCAUUUCCAAUAAACAAGAUAAAGAACAACAUGAACAACAGUUUGAAUUACGUCGUUGUCGUAGUUUAUCUCGUAUUCGAACAGUGAAAAAGUCGGCCAUCUCCGGCCCAAUCAAUUUCGAGCAUGUCAAUCAUGUUGGUAUGAACUGUAAUCAAGAUCAGUCAUUAUUAGGCACAUCGACAUUACGUCCUUUACAUGCAUCGAUGUCACAUAUACCGUCUAAUGGAACAUUAACCGAUCGAUUUUCAAAACAAAUCAUCUUGGUAACUCAAUUGUUGAGAGUGAAUGCUCAGCAGUAUUGUUGA